AUGCGUCGCAGUCUGGGAAGUUUAGUAUUCGCAUCUGCUCUCUCUGCAGGGGCCUCUGCUCGCUCGAUAUGGAUUACUCAACGGGACACCGGCUUUCCUGAACGAAUUUCCCAAUACUCGGACUGUUUAUCCACCUCGUACUACGGAACAUAUGGCCAAGACUUGACCCAUGUUUUCGUCUCGGAACCCGAAUGCCUCAGCACUAUCCAGCCUUACCUUACAGAGUCUGCCCACACUUCUGCUGUUCGAGAAGCCAAGGAAGACGAGGAGCACAAGAUGUUGUUUUGGCUUGAAGAGGCGCUCUUGGACAACGCCAUCCGUCCCGCUGGCAUAAAGUCGGCCAGGGAGAGUAUCUCCGACUUUGUGAGACGCGUCAAUGAAGCAGGGCGUAACCUCGCUGCAGGCCAGGUGCUCGUGAACGACGAAGAGUCGGAAGUUGCCUCGAUUCUAUACAGCACUAAUACCGGCACACUCGUCUCCCUCUCUCCAUCUAAUACCGGCACACUCGUCUCCCUCUCUCCAUCCCUACUUCAUGAACUCGACAAGAUACUGCCUCAGUAUAUCAACCCAACCAUGCUCCCAACAACUCCUCUCCCUCUUAUGGCGGAGAAAACCAAGCAUAGUGCCAAAUACCUCAAUAAGGUCCUCAGCAACCUUCGAUUCAACCCGGAUAUCUCGCGCCUUACAUCUUCGCUUUCCUUGGACAAGAUGCAAGACAACAUUCGCUGGCUUACCGGAGAAGAUUCGAAGUCUCCUAUUAUUAGCCGGCACAGCUUCAGCCCAGGAGCUCGAGUUGCCGCAGAUUGGAUCCAAGGCAAGUUUGAGGCUGCGGGCGGAAAGUGCAAGCAGAAGCCCUUCUUGGAAGGCUUUUCCCCAACGUUGUCUGUCGGUUCAAAGGAACUGAUAACACAACCGGAUGAUUCGAGAGGAAGCUUUGGUUCAGUUCGUGCUCCGGGUGGUGAUGACGACGGCUCUGGCGUUACCCAUGUUCUCGCCAUCGCUCAAGCCAUCUCGGAUAACAAGAUUAGCUUCAAUACCAAUGUCGAGCUGGUAGCAUUUGCAGGAGAGGAGCAAGGCUUACUCGGCAGUCGUGCUUACGCUGCCGAGUUACGUCAAGUCGAUGCCAACAUUACACUCAUGAUCCAGGCCGACAUGCUGGCUUACCGUGAUCCUUCUGAGCCCCUUCAGCUAGGACUUCCUGAAUUCAUCGGUCUCCCCGAGGCUGGGUACCUAGUCGCGAACGUUUCGAAGAUUUAUGCUCCCGAGCUGACAGUGGGACUUUCUGCAGCCUGUGCAGUGAUCACCAGUCGUUCCAUGAACAAGGUUUCCCUGCCACCCAGGUCUUCGAACGCGCCGGACCUAUCAUUGACCCGAUGUAUCACAACAGCGGUUCGUCUGUAA